AUGAUCAAAGGAGCCCUUUUUUUCAUUUCCUGCAUCAUCUUUUCCAUUCUAAAUUGUGUAAUGUCCAGGUAUAAAGAAUGCUCAUCUGUAACAAAUGAUGAAGAAAUUUUAUCUUAUUGUAAAAAUGAAUCUGAUUGUUACAUUAAAGACAUAGAAAACUCUGACUAUUCAUCAAUUUCAUGUAUUUGUAAAAAAUAUAUGGAUGAAUACUUUUUUGCUGGACCAGAUUGUUCAAUAAAAAUUUCUUACCACUACGAAACGUUGAAAAAUAACGAAGUUAUGAAUACGAACUGGAUUGAAGACUUAUUCAAUAUGAACACGUGGAAAAAUGAGGAAAAUCGAGUGGGGAAAAUUUGUAUCAAUCCCAAUUGUAGAUAG